ACCUGGGCAACGUCAGGCUGGGGAUCGAAGCUCAGCAGCUGGGGGAGCUACUGGGAGCUGCUGUUAAAAAACCAACCCUCCCUGGAUGUACUGAAUUACAACACCGCCCCUUCCCCGAAAGAGCUGGAGACUAAAAGAGAGAGUCACCUAUUCCGCCCCCCCCCCUCCACCAACUGGAUCUCAGCCUCCCCCCACCCCUUUCUCCUCCUCCUCCUCCUCCUCCUCCCUCACUUCCCCUUGUUCCUUCCUGGGGCUUCAGCCAGCGCCUCCUUAGCGGGAGGGAGAGGACUCUCAAGUUGGCCCCAGUUGGCAGCCAGUUUGGGAAGCCCGGGAGUGCAGGAAGCGCUUGGAGUUUCUUUGUGACCCUUUGACAGGAGCGGGGCAGAGCAGCGGCUGGAGUGUGUCUGGGUUCUGCUCCCCGCUGGAGCCGUGUCUUCUGGGCUCCGGGGUGACUGUGAGUGCGAGGUUGGGUUUAUUUUCCUGGAGCUCCUAAGGAGCCUGGGCGGGAAGAGGGGCCCUGGGUUUGGUUUUUCCACCUUCCGUCCUCUCUUCUCUCCUCCCCCCGCCCCCCGUUAAUUUUUAACUACUGCUCCUAUUUUGGGCUAUUUUUCCCCUCUUCGUCCAAGUUGACUGUGCAGAGAUCGGCGACUUCCAGGCGGCGCUGGCUGACUUCGCUGGCCGGGCUGAGGCGCUCUGUGCCCGGGCAAGCCUCUCCUGGGUCCCUCCCUGCUCAGAGGCUGUGGAUGAAGUAGCUUUCGCCUGUUUCUCGUUUCCCGCCGCCGGAUGCUGUCUGGCUUUUUUUCGCCGGCUAUGAGGGAUCUGCCUUGAAGAUGGAGAUGAUUUGUUUUUUCUUGCUGGCGGUGGUGCCGGUGUCCAUCAAGGGAGACGGGGUUUAUGCUCCAGCUCAGGCCCAGAUCAUCCAUGCUGGGCAGGCCUGUGUUGUGAAGGAAGAUAACAUCAGUGAACGUGUGUACACUAUCCGGGAGGGCGACACCCUGGUCUUGCAGUGUCUGGUCACGGGACACCCACGGCCACAGGUGAGGUGGACCAAAACUGCUGGCAGUGCCUCGGACAAAUUCCAGGAGACAUCGGUGUUUAACGAGACCCUUCGGAUUGAGAAGAUCCAGAGGCUGCAGGGAGGCCGCUAUUACUGUAAAGCAGAGAAUGGGGUUGGGGUCCCUGCCAUCAAGUCCAUUCGAGUAGAUGUGCAGUAUCUAGAUGAGCCCAUUCUCACCGUCCACCAGACCAUCAGCGAUGUACGUGGCAGCUUCUACCAGGAGAAGACUGUCUUCCUCCGGUGCACCGUCAACUCUAACCCUCCUGCUCGCUUCAUCUGGAAACGGGGUGCUGAGACACUCUCCCACAGCCAGGAUAAUGGAGUGGAUAUCUAUGAGCCACUCUACACACAGGGUGAAACCAAAGUUCUGAAGCUGAAAAACCUGCGACCACAGGAUUAUGCCAGUUACACGUGUCAGGUGUCCGUCCGGAAUGUCUGCGGCAUCCUUGAUAAGUCAAUCACUUUCCAGCUCACUAACACAACAGCUCCACCCGCUCUGAAGCUGUCUGUCAAUGAGACCCUGGUGGUGAAUCCAGGAGAUAAUGUCACUAUGCAGUGCUCCCUGACAGGUGGCGACCCACUGCCUGAGGUGGUCUGGUCUCACUCACCCAGCGCUAUGCCUCACAACAGCCUUAUUCAAGAGGGUAACCUCACCAUCUGGGGGAUCCGCAUGGAAGAUUCAGGCUACUACAAUUGCACGGCCAUCAACAAUGUGGGAAACCCAGCUAAGAAGACAGUGAAUCUGCUGGUGCGAUCCAUGAAGAACGCCACCUUCCAGAUCACCCCUGACGUGAUCAAAGAGAGUGAGAGCAUCCAGCUAGGGCAGGACCUGAAGCUCUCGUGCCACGUGGAUGCCGUCCCCCAAGAGAAGGUAGUCUACUUCUGGUACAAGAAUGGGAAACCGGCCAGGGUCUCGGACCGACUGCUUAUUUCUAGGAAUGACCCUGAGCUCCCACCAGUGACCAGCAGCCUGGAGAUCAUUGACCUGCGCUUCAGUGAUUACGGCACAUAUCUGUGCAUUGCGUCCUUCCAGGGGGCCCCCAUUCCCGACGUCAGUGUUGAGGUGAACAUCUCUUCAGAAACAGUGCCUCCAACCAUCAGUGUCCCCAAAGGCCAGUCCACCAUCACCGUUCGGGAGGGCUCCAGGGCUGAGCUGCAGUGCGAGGUUCGAGGGAAGCCCAAGCCACCCAUCAUCUGGUCCCGGGUAGACAAGGAGGCCCCCAUGCCCUCAGGUGCCAUGACAGUGGAGACUUAUGAUGGGAAGCUGCGCCUGGAGAGUGUUAGCCGAGAAAUGAGCGGGACCUAUAAGUGUCAGACAGCCAGGUACAAUGGCUUUAACAUCAGACCCCGGGAAGCCUUGGUACAGUUCAACGUGCAGUUCCCCCCAGUGGUGGAACCAACUUCUCAGGACAUCCGCCAGGGCAUGGGCCACAGCGUCACCCUGCGGUGCACCAUGCUGAAGGGGAGCCCCAUGAAGGUAGCCACAGCCGUCUGGCGCUUCAAUGGGAACCUCUUGACACUGCCCCCCACAGAGCAGCAGGACUACUCGGAGCUGAAGGUGGACAGCGUGAACCGGGAGACCAGUGGUAGCUAUGAGUGCAGCAUCUCCAACGAUGUGGGGGUCUCCACCUGCCUCUUCCAGGUGUCUGCAAAAGCUUACAACCCAGAGUUUUACUACGACACUCCCAACCCCACCCACAGCCAGAAGCAAUCCAAGAACUACUCUUAUGUCUUGCAGUGGACACAGAAGGAACCCGACGCAGUGGAUCCCAUUCUCAAGUACCGUCUGGAUGUCCGGCAGCUGAAUCAGAGGAACACUGUCCAAACGUUAAUUCCUGUGAAGAAGAUGGAGAAAGGCCUGCUGCUGGAGCACAUCCUGUGCAACCUGAAGGUUCCCCAAAGCUAUGAGGUUCGCCUGACGCCCAUCACUGACUUUGGGGCUGGUGAUAUGGCUGCCCGCGUCAUCCGAUACAUGGAACCGAUUAACUAUCCCAACCCGGCAGAUAACACCUGCCGCUUUGAGGACGAGAAGAUCUGUGGCUUCAUGCAAGACAAGAUGGACAACUUUGACUGGACCCGUCAGAAUGCCUUGACUCAGAACCCCAAGCGCACUGUCAACACAGGGCCACCCACAGAUAUCAGUGGCACGCAAGAAGGUUAUUACAUGUUCAUUGAGGCCUCCCGGCCCCGGGUGACAGGAGACAAGGCCCGGCUCAUCAGCCCCUUGUACAACAUCACCGCCAAGUACUUCUGCGUCUCCUUCUUCUACCACAUGUACGGGAAGCACAUUGGCUCCUUGAAUCUUCUGGUUCGUUUGCGGAACAAACGUGCCAUUGACACCCAAGUCUGGUCGCUCAGCGGGAACAGAGGAAAUGAGUGGCAACAAGCACACGUCCCCAUCAACCCGCCAGGACCCUUUCAGAUCAUCUUUGAAGGCGUGCGCGGCACAAGCUACGAGGGGGAUAUUGCCAUUGACGAUGUCACUCUGAAAACGGGAGACUGCCCAAGGAAGCCGAUUGGCCCAAAUAAAGCAGUCGCCCUUCCAGGGAGCGGCGUCCCAACCCUGCACAGGUCUUCUCUCAGUGGGCCACUGACUUUUUUCCUUUAUGUGCUGCUCAGAUGAUGGCAAGCAAUUGCUCCCGUCUUCUGGCCAAGACAUUCCUGCUCCUUUCCUACUCAGCCACCUCUGCUCCUCUUCCUCCCCCUCCUUUGGCACACCAAAGUGUCCAUACGUUACCAAAGACUGACAAGCAUGACCAUGCAAAGGGAUCUGCUCAGGACCUGGUGGAUUCCUCAAGGAAGUCAUAAUGUCUUAAAAAAAACAAACAGAAAAUACGAGAGAGAGAGAGGAAGAAAACAAUCACACAAGAAGGAAUGAAGAAAAAUGGGAAUGACAAAAAUGUAAAGAACGAAUGAAGGAGGAAACUCCCCCUCCUCGUGUUUCCUUGGGAACAUCGGACAGGACUUCCUCAGGGAAGUGGGAACUUUGUUUUAAACAAAAUAUGUAUAU